UCCUGCUGGGGUCAUGGGUCAUCAGCAGCGAGGGGUCACCGAGGGUCCGCCUUUGAGACAGGAGGGUUUCCAUGGGCAGCCGACCUGCAUCCGCACCAUGGAGGGGUGGGUUGGUCCUCCAAGACGGCUGCUUUUCUGGGAAUCAGACCCAAGGAGGAUGCCUUCCCUGCAGCCCUGUGGGGAUGACGGUGAUCCAGGCAGGAAAGGGUUCCUUCAGUUUCACGUAGGGGAGCUCCCAGCUGAGUCUCAGUGCAUUGGUCUGGCCUUGACGACUGACCAGGCCACAUGAGGGGGGCCACAGGGGCUUCAGGAUGCCAUGGGGUCACACAGGAUCUCUCCAUCCCUGGAGAAAGGUGGGCAUAGGGCCCAUGGAUUCAAGCUGCAGAGAUUCAAGAAUUGCACACAAAUUAUUGCCCUGAAUGGGACCAACCCUGUUGUGCAAUGUGUCAUCCCAGGGCGCCUCUUUGAGCCUGAAGGGGGGGUACUGUUUCCCUAGGUUUGGGUCAAGGCUGAGCUCUGGCCGGUGCCUGGUGGUGCUAUUGUCCAGUCAUAGACUUGUUAGUUUUAGGCCAAGGGGUCAGCUCUGUGUCUAAAGGAUCCCCUGUGCUGGGGAUCUCCCCUUUCCUGUGGCUGGAAGUCACCACUUCCCCAUUGGCAAGAGUCAGGAAGGGUGGCCUCCUGAGGUGGAAGGCCUGCUGUCAAGGGUCUUGUCCCUAGAAUAUGCUGCCCAUGCUGCUUCUGAGCAAUGGGGUCACCUCCAGGGUAGCAGGUCUUGGGCUCAAGGAAAGGAGAAGUCACCAUGUGUCCCUGAUUAGCUGAGUGUGGCCCUGCUCUGUGUUUAGGAGGUAUGUGGGGCAUGGAUGGGGACCCACCAGAGAAAGCAUGUGGCCCUGGGACCCCAGGUUGCGAUUUCCAGUUCAUGCUGGGAUAGGGCACCUGGGUGGGUGCCCACAGUGCACAGGGAUAGGCUAUGUGACUUGCAGGUCUGCAGCAGCAUCUGGCACCUGGGCCAGCCUCCUUGGUUGGCUGUGAGCUGAAUGGUAGCCCUGGCCUGUGCCCAGUACAUCUGGCAUGACCCUUGGGUCCUGUAGGGGAGCCAGCAUGGGCAGUGGAGGUGCUCAUGGGACCUGCAGCAGGACACAGCCGGGGCUUCUUGUCCGAGCCCAGUGACCCGCCUAUCCUGUCUUUCCAGGGUUCGGUGGCUGACAGAGCAUUGGGUGCCCUGAGUCCAUGAUGGGCCAGUGUUCCACGUGCAUCCCAUCACAUGGGUCCAUGGAGGAUGUUGAGCCCAGAGGAAGACUUUGCACUGGACCCAAUGGCCCCAGGUCAGCGUCCGUCAGCCAGGUGCCCAGCCUCUGGUGCACUGAAGAUCAGGCCCUUCCUGGCGCCUUGGUCUCCUGCAUUGAGCUGUGUGAGCUCUUCCACAUGGGAGGGCCCCCUGGCAUUCACUGGCAUAGGGUUCAGUGGCAGAGAGAGCAUCGGGUGCCCUGCGUCUGUGACGGGCCAGUAUUCCACAUGGAUCUCAUCACAUGGUCCAUGGAAGUGAACUCCUUCACCCAGGAGGACCCCUGGCCUCGAGCGGCAUGGGCACACCAGGCUUCCUGUGUGGGCUUGGUGUCCGCACUCAGCUUCUCCGGGGGUGGGACACAUUGGCGGCUCCUUCCUGAGUCAGAUUCUCCUCAGUGUCUUUCAAGAAGGGUGGGCAAUUUGGCCCGUUGGGUCGGGCCGUGGAGAUUUGAGGAUUGCACCAAACCCAUGACCCUCAAUGGGACCGACCCUGUUAAGCAAUGGGCCCUCCCAGUGGUGACCCCAGAGGAAGACUUGCCUUUGGGUCGCUGGCCCCAGGCCGGUGGUCAUCAUCCAGGUGCCCAACUUUGGUGCGCUGAAGCUCAGGCCCUUCCUGGCACCCUGGUCUCCUGCACUGAGCUAUGGGCCACGGUAUUUUGGACUGGAGACCUGGAGGCCCUGAAGGGCAUCUCAGGAAUGCCCAACCCUGUCUCUGCACUCGUCCUUGAGGCAGCCCCGGCUCCCUGUGUGGGCUUGGUGUCGGCCCAUCAGUUCCCCACGGGCGGCGCAUAUUGGAGGCUCCUUCCUGAGCGCCGGUUCUCCCGUGUGUCUUUCAGUGAACUCUUCUGUCCACAGGAGCCCCUGGCCUUGCGUGGGAUAGGUGUUAUGCGGGAGCUCUUGGUGCCCGAGGCUUGUGGAGGGGUAGGGUUCGGCAAUAGGGAGGGUCAAGGGUCCCCUGCGUUCAUGAUGAGUCCGUGUUCCCCACGGAUCUCAUCACAUGGGUCCAUGGAGGGCAAGGAUGGGUGA